AUAGCGCUUUAACACGAUCGCCGUAUCGCGCCAUAUUCUCAUUGUACUCAGCGGUAUUCAGUUCGCAGAUCAACGGUUGUGCAAAUUCAUACGCAAUUAUUUCAAAGAAUCAAAGUUUUUUGUUUACAAUGUCCGCUAAGCAGCCUUCUAAAACAAAAUCCAGCCGAGCUGGAUUAACUUUUCCGGUUGGCCGAGUGACUUCAAAUCUCCGAAAAGGGAAUUACGCCGAACGCAUUGGAGUGGGAGCUAGCGUCUAUCUAACGGCUACUUUGGAAUACCUGGCUGCGGAAAUUCUGGAACUUUCGGGUAAUGCCGCCAAGGACAAUAAGAAAAGCCGAAUUGUUCCACGUCACAUCCAGCUCGCGGUGCGCAACGAUGAUGAGCUGAGCGUCCUGAUGAAGGGAGUCACCAUUUCGGAGGGAGGAGUUCUGCCGAACAUUCAACCGAUUCUGUUGCCGAAAAGCACGAAGCAUGGCGCUUCGAAGAAAGCAUCAGAUGUCGCAAGUCAGGAGUAUUAAUGAUUAUGUUGAUAUCGAAAUCGGAUGGAUUCGGGUGGAACCACAGCUGUGCCGUUUGGUUUUCCAUCCGAAUAAUUUGAAAUAAUAAUUUUGUUGUGAGGGAGUCGUACCGUCCUCAAAUUACUUACGUUUGUAUUUGAUUUGCCUGAAAAGAGCCAUAAUUGUUUAAAUUGUAUACGCUAACUUUUAAUAUGUCGGAAAUAAAUGUAUUAUUUGAAAACA